AUGUUAAUAUAUAUAUGGCUCUCUGUUCAUAACUCUCUAUUUAUCUAUCUAUAUAUCUAUCUCGAUUUCUCUCUCUUUCUCUCUCUCUCUAUGUAUAUAUAUAUAUAUAUUUAUAUAUCCUAUUUAUAUCAUUCUCACUCUAUCUAUCUAUCUAUUUAUCUAUCUAUCUAUCUAUCUAUCUAUCUAUCUAUCUAUCUAUCUAUCUAUCUAUCGAUACUUAUCGAGGAUAAACAUGACGGCAUUGUCGUAAACAAAGGGAAUAAAACUAAAGAGGAAGAACAUGAAUACCUCUAUCUUUCUCUUUUCUCUCUCUCUCUCUCUCUCUCACUCUCACUCUCUCUCUAUCUAUCUAUCUAUCUAUCUAUCUAUCUAUCUAUCUAUCUAUCACUUGUCUAUUAUUCUAUAUCUCUCAGCUUUGUCUCUUUCUCUACCUCAUUGAAAUCUAUCUAUCUAUCUAUCUAUCUAUCUAUCUAUCUAUCUAUCUAUCUCUCUCUCUCUCUCUCUAUAUAUAUAUAUAUAUAUAUAUAUAUAUAUAUAUUAUUUUCUUUCUAUCUUGUUUUUCAUAAAACGUUGUUCUUCUGUCAAUACAACUAUAAGACGAAAGUAUAG